AUGCAGCUCUGGGUCUCUCUCUCACUUCUCCUGCUCUUCACCUUCUGCCAAGAGCUUUGAUCAGAAUUAAGACAAGUUUACAACUGGAGAACUUAUGAAUGUGAGCUUUUUUCUUAUGGAGGUUGUAAUGGCAAUGGCAACAACUUUUUGAGGAAAGAAGCAUGUGAGAAAGCCUGCAAGAACACCUGA